UGAUGAGACGCGGGCGGAGUUUCAACAACCACUGAGAGGAGAAAUAGUGCAAAAGAUAGGCUAAUGUAGGCUACUGUAAAUAUCAAACCAUACUUGGCCGGCCAGUGUUUAGUGGGGACUAAGGAAUGGUUAUCAGCGUGCCUGGAAACGAUGCAACUUUAUAAUGUGCAGUAGUAGCUUUCAAAGUUUAGAGGCCAAGUUUACAGAAGAGAAGCUUGGACGUUGUAAACGCAGAAGACCGUCAUGAUGACGAAUGAGAAUCUGCGGCAGAAACAAUGUUUCCACUCUGCAUCCUAGGAUCAUCAAUUACGCGCGUGUGUCUACGUAUUAUUUCAAGAAUGUGUGUAAUACAAAAAGAAAAACCAGAGACUAGAGUGCGAGUACCCUAACGACUCUGUCCAAGUACACUCUAAAAUCAGUAAAAAUGCACGCAGUUACCAGCUUCUCAAUGGUCAGUUUGCUAAGUUUUGGCUACCUAUCCAUGGACUGGAUCAAGCCGAAUCAAGUGGAGGAGCACACUCAAAACGAUGCCUCUAUUACGUUUGAGCCUAAGCAGCCACCACACAUUAUAUUCAUACUGACGGAUGACCAAGGCUUUAAUGACAUAGGUUAUCACAACCCGGACAUUCGGACUCCAACUCUGGACAAACUGGCUGCGGAGGGGGUGAAGCUGGAGAAUUACUAUGUUCAACCUAUCUGCACUCCGUCACGCAGUCAGUUGAUCACCGGCAGAUACCAGAUCCACACAGGCCUCCAGCACUCCAUCAUCCGGCCUCGCCAGCCCAACUGUCUCCCCCUGGACAUGACCACGCUCCCACAGCGGCUGCAGGAAGCGGGGUACGCUACUCACAUGGUGGGCAAAUGGCACCUUGGCUUCUACAGGAAGGAGUGUCUGCCCACGCGCCGAGGCUUCCACAGCUACUUUGGCUCUCUGACGGGCAGUGUGGACUACUACACGUACGGCUCCUGUGACGGACCAGGCCUGUGUGGCUACGACCUCCACGAGGGGGAGACCGUGGCCUGGGGCCGUGGAGGCAAGUUCUCCACCCACCUCUACACGCAGAGGGUACGCAAGAUCCUGUCCACUCACGACCCUUCCCGCCAGCCCCUCUUCAUGUUCCUCUCCCUCCAGGCUGUACACACGCCCCUGCAGUCGCCCAAGGCCUACAUCUACCCCUACCGCGGGAUGGGGAACAUAGCCAGAAGGAAGUACGCAGCCAUGGUGUCCAUCGUAGACGAGGCUGUACGAAAUGUCACCUACGCUCUGCGUAAGUACGGCUACUAUCGCAACAGUGUGCUCAUCUUCUCCACUGACAACGGUGCCCAGCCGUUCACUGGGGGGAGUAACUGGCCCCUACGGGGGCGUAAGGGGACCUACUGGGAGGGAGGUGUCCGUGGGGUGGGCUUCGUACACAGCCCCCUGCUGCGUCACAAGCGGAGGGUUUCCAAGGCCCUCCUGCACAUCACUGACUGGUACCCAACCCUGGUUGGUCUGGCUGGGGGUAACGUGUCACUGACUGAGGGUCUUGACGGCUACAAUGUAUGGCCAACCAUCAGUGAGGGCAGAGAGUCCCCACGCCUGGAGAUCCUCCAUAACAUUGACCCCCUCCACCGGCGCGCUGGCCUGGCGUCUGGGUCUGGACAGGAGGCCCAGCAUGUGUGGGACACCUCGGUCCAAGCUGCCAUCCGGGUGGGGGACUGGAAGCUGCUAACAGGGGACCCGGGCCAUGGAGACUGGGUCCCACCACAGGUACUGGCCAACUUCCCAGGCAGUUGGUGGAACCUGGAGCGGAACACUGAGGGAACAGGGAAGUCUGUGUGGCUUUUCAACAUCACAGGAGACCCCUAUGAACGCAGUGACCUGGCUGUGCAGAGGCCUGAUGUGGUCAAGAAGCUGCUAGCACGUCUGGCCUACUACAACUGCACUGCUGUCCCUGUUAGGUUCCCCACCGACGAUCCCCGGGCCAAUCCAGACCGCAACGGGGGGGCCUGGGUACCCUGGGUCGGGGGGGACGAGGACGAGCCGAAAUGGAACGGGGUCUAUAAGAAAGGGAGGAAUAAAAAGAAGAAGAAAUGCAAGCUGUGCAAACUGAGAUCCUUUUUCAAGAAACUGAAUACAAGGAUAAUGUCCAAUAGAAUAUGAGGGAAAGUCAAUGAUACUCAGUCACAAGUAGCCUAUACAUUUAACACUGCAAGAAUAAUCUGAGCCAGUAAACACUUUGUGUGUGUGUGACAAUGGAAAAUGAUGUUUACUAUACUGCAUCUCUUUGAGUGUGCUUUCAUAUGUGUUUUGGCUGUAGGACUAUUGGGUUCUAUUGUUUUUAUUAAAUGUUCUAUUUGAUCCAUUUGUAGUGUGUAGCUAAGUGAAUUCAGCAUGUUUAUGUUGACCUACUCACUUGGGGUUAUUUCAGCAGUAAUGACAUGAACUGACCUGUUUUUUUCUAUAUUUUUGAAAAUAUCUAAGUAAAGAAAUAACAGUUUUAAUUAAUUAAUUAAUUAAACAGAAACUAAUGGGUGAUUUCUCAUGAAAUUAGAACAAAACAAGCCCAUGAUUUUGGGGAUUCUCAUAUAAUUUAAUCGAUAGAAGAGUCCUUUGGAGGAAGGAUUGUUGACAUGUAUUUGACAUUUGUAUCUUUUUGGCCUUACCAGGGCCUCCGUUUAAAGCUGUGAUCCGCGAUAGUCAAAACAGAGCCAUUGGCCGCCCCAAGCGCAUUUGUUUUGGUUUGAAGAAACUAGCAUCAAGUAUUGUGGUAUAAAAAAAAAAUCGUAGUACAUACUAUACUUUUCUAUCGCGUGUGCAAUGAUGUGCUGAUGUCUGAGGGAAAAAACUGUUCGUUGUUUAAAAACAUCUUUGUUAUUGUAAUAUUGCAAAUGGACAUUGCAGUUUCACCGCUACCGAUUGCAGCUUUAAGACUCGAUAGUGUUUUACAGCUUGCUCUGUAAUAUGAGUAGUAUUUGGAGUUAAAUAAUAAUUGCCUUACAUUAAUUAAUGCAUUUUGUAAAAUAUAGACAUGUAAAAUGUACCAUUUUUGAUUUGGAAAAUGUUUCUAUUGUUGAACAUAAUAUAUUCAAUGGACAUAUCUACGUUCCAGAGUGGGAUCUUUGCUAGUUUUAAAGUAAUGGUCCAUUUUAAAGAGAAAUAUGUGCAUGUUAGGCAGGUUUCCAUUUAAGUUUAUACUACAAAGCAAAAGCUAUGUCGCAAAAAACAUUGCAACAUGUGUAAUGGAAACUGCAGCUAUAGGAUAAAUGUUCUAAAGAUCAACUAAAUGUUUAUCCAUUCGACAGGGGUGGGUUUUUUAUGUUGUUUUUCUUUGUUUAGUGUGACAAAUGAUGUAACCUGUGUUUUUCGAAUAAAUGAUGAUUGCCGAAUAAUUUCGGAGGUACGUGGGGCAUGUGAGGUCACCACAUGACUACAGUGCCUUCAGAAAUGAUUCUUCACACCCGAUGACUUAAAAAAAUUGUUACAGCCUGAAUUUAAAAUGGAUAAAAUGUAGAUUUUUUUGUCACUGGCCUACACACAAUACCCCAUAAUGUCAAAGUGGACUUGUGUUUUUCUAAAUGUUUACAAAUAAAUGAAAAAUAAAAUCCCGAAAUGUCUUGAGUCAAUACGUAAUCCUACCCAUUUGUUAUGGCAAACCUAAAUAAGUUCAGGAGUAAAAAUUCACAUAAGUUGCAUGUACUCCCUCUGUGUGCAAUAAUAAUGUUUAACAGGUUUUUUUAAUGACUACCUCAUCUCUGUAACACACACAAACAAUUAUCUGUAAGGUCCCUCAGUCGAGCAGUGAAUUUCAAACAUAGAUUCAACCACAAAGACCACUGAGGUUUUCCAGCGUCUAGCAAAAAAGGGCACCUACUGUUUUGUUACAUGGGUAAAAAUAAAAAUAUAUCCGUUUGACCAUGGUAAAGUUAUUAAUUACACUUUAUAUUGCCGUAUGAAUACACCCAGUCACUACAAAGAUACAGGCGUCCUUCCUAACUCAAUUGCCAGAGAGUAAGGAAACCGCUCAGGGCCCAUGAGGCCAAUGGUGACUUUAAAACAGUUACAGAGUUUAAUGGCUGUGAUAGGAGAGAAGUUAGGAUGCAUCAACAACAUUGUAGUUACUCCACAAUACUAACCUAAUUGAAAGAGUGAAAAGAAGGAAGCCUGUACAGAAUUAAAAUAUUCCAAAACAUGCAUUCUGUUUGCAACAAGGCACUAAAGUAAUACUGCAAAAAAAAUGGUCUUGAAUACAGGUGUUAUGUUUGGGGCAAAUCCAAUACAACACUUACUGAGUACCACUCUCCAUAUUUUCAAGCAUAGUGGUGGUUGCAUCAUGUCAUGGGUAUGCUUGUAAUUGUUAAGUGGGGAGUUUUUUCAGGAUAACAAAGAAAUGUAAUGGAGCCAAGCAUAGACCAAAUCCUAGAGGAAAACCUGGCUCAGUCUGCUUUCCACCAGACCCUGGGAGAUGAAUUCACCUUUCAGCAGGACAAUAACCUAAAACAAAAGGCCAAAUCUACACUGGAGUUGCUUAACAAGAAGACAGUGAAUGUUCCUGAGUGGCCUGGUUACAGUUUUGACUUAAAUCGGCUUGAAAGUCUAUGGCAAGACUUGAAAAUGGCUGUUUAGCAAUGAUCAACAACCAAUUUGACAGAGCUUAAUGAAUUUUGAAAAGGAUAAUGGGCAAAUAUUGUACUUUCCAAGUGUGCAAAGCUCUUAGACACUUACUGAGAAAGACUCCCCGCUGUAAUCGCUGCCAAAGGUGAUUCUAAUACGAAUUGAGUCAGGGGUGUGAAUACUUAUAUAAAUGAGAUAUUUCUGUAUUUCAUUUUCAAGAAAUGUGCAAAUAUUUCAAGAAACACGUUUAAACUUUUUCUUUAUGGGGUAUUGUGUGUAGAUGUGUGAUUUAAUCCAUUUGAAUUCAAGCUGUAAUACAACAAAAUGUGGAAUAAGUCAAGGUGUGGUGGAAUACUUUCUGAAGGCACUGCAUAAAGCUCCACUCCACAUAUGUAAAUGCCUACUGCUUGCUAAAUCUAUGUUUCAACUAUAAAAAAAGAAUGUUUCUUUGCAGGACAAGGAUUGUCUUGACUUUCAAGAAUGCCAGAAUUGCUUCACCUUGCUUUUCUGGUUGGCUGGAUGCAAGAUUCACCAUCCAAUUAUUUCAGAUAUACAGGAGUGCAAGUCUCACCUUGUCACGGACCAUGGCAAUAGGCUAAUUUGACACAUGAGAAUUAUUAGAAUAGGGCAAAUAUUAGUCUACUCUUGCAUUCUGUCCAUGCUGACUUGUGUGUGCUACCAGAGACAUUAAACAAAUAGGUGGGGAGGCA